CGAUUAACAUCGAGACGCCCAAUAAAAAAAGUGAUACAGGUCAGUUUUCCCUCUUUUUUUUUAUGCACAGCAAUAAUAAGAAGAGAGGAGCUGAAAGCAAGCGAUUGACACAGAGUACCUUGUUUACCUUUUUUACUCAAAAGAAACAGAAAACGAAGAACAAUGAGACAAAGGAAGAGGUUAUUAUUGAACAAGUAAUCAAAGAAGAAGAAAAGGUAGAAGCAGUAGCAAAACCUUUGUCAAUAGAAAAGGAAGAACCUAGUACACCUAUAGAGCAAAGGUUUAGCAAUUCUAUAUACACACAGGAAUUUGAUGAUGUGGUUCAAACAGUACUCGAUGGAGAAGAUUAUCUGCUUGAUGAAAAAGAACUCGAUUUAUGCUGUAGAUAUGUUGGUUUGAAAGAUGAUCCUAAACACUUGCUGGUCAGGUUAUUAAUAAGAAGACAUAAAUGGAUCAAGCAGGAUACGUUAGAUUAUUCAUUAACAGAUAUGAAUAAGGCUAUUCAAGAAUUAAAUGAGAUUGGAUUUAUAGAAACUGAUCUGAAAGAUAUAGAAACAGCGUUACAUGUCUUGACAAAGCCCGAACUGAGAAAUAUUGCAAAAGAAAGACAUAUUGCUAUGCAAGAGACAAGAAAGAAUGGGUGUAUAAAGGAGAUAGUAAAGUACGCCUUGUCAGAUCAUAUUAGUUAUGGUAAUUCACAACCUAUUCAUGAAUCAAAAAUGAAAAAGCUGUGGGAUACUGUAAACAAGUAUCUUGGACCAUGUUUACGUGUACGAUCUGAGGUGUAUGAGCUUUUUCAACGUCUACAGAUUGUCUAUUAUCGAAUCACUAGCCUGAAUGAUACAAACUAUAUCGCCAGUUCAAUAUUAGCCAAAACCAGUCGACGUAAUUAUCCUCAGUACACAUGGUCUCGAUCAAGCUCUAUUUGGUCCUGUCGCGCUGAUUUAGUAAAGUUUGAAGAGGCAUUGCUAAUAGAAAAGGAAUUUGAAACAAUGGUAAAAGAUGUACCCAGAACAAGGGCAGUUGGUCAAAAAGAUAGUGGUGGGGACAUGCAGGCACUAUUAGCUUCAUGCUGGUCACUUUGUGAAUCCAAGAUGAGUGCUUGGGAUGAGUGCAUUUAUUCAGAACAAACGAGCCAGAAGCCAUAUUAUAAAAGACGAUUUGAAGCAGGUUGGAUAUAUACCAGAUUAUUAGAUCGAGGGACAGAGAUAUUGGCAAAGUUACAUGAAUAUGAGCUAGAAUCUCUUGUCUUACACAAACUACUAAGUCAGCGCGUGUAUCGUCUGGGCAAGCGAGGCAAGUGGUACGAAAGACUUGCUUUGGUUCAAAUGAACUAUUUAGAAAGAAAAGACGCAAAGAUCAUGAGGGAACAAAAGAAGUGUGCAUUACAAACAUGCAUUGACGCAUUACAUGACCCUCUUGAUCUCCAUAUAGUAUAUAUUCAUGGGAUACAGGAGCGUAUAAAACGGUUAGAACGACAGCUUUCCAUUCCGAAGAGAGAACAACAUGACUUUUCCUAUAUGAGCCUAAGGAAGCCAAAGGAGAUUACAGUUUAUGGUAUUGGUGAACGUAUAUCAAACGAUGAUGUAAAUAAAAAGUCUAUAUGGAGAACAAAUAAUGGAGCAGAGUGCUCAGUAGAAGAGGUUGCCCUAGAAUAUUAUGCCAAAAAAGGCUUCAAAGGACUGCAUGCAGAGAAUGGGAUAAUAAGGAUGAUUGCAUCCCUGUUGUUUUGGGACGUUAUAUUUGCGCCUAUUCCCGGUGUCUUUGAAACGCCUUAUCAGACUGCACCAUUGGAUAUACGGUCAGAUGCAUUUUAUGAAAGUCGAUUAGACAUUAUUCAAAAAAGAUUAAAUGUAAUAGAGAAUGGUGAUUAUUUAGACAUCAUAAAGACAGUUGAUACCAGAGAAAGGCCUAGACAGACAUUAUGUAUAGGUGUCAACUGGAAUUAUGAGCUAGAGGAUAUAUUAGAGAUAGCCGAGUGUAUUGGCCCCUUGCCAUUAGCCUCUCUAUGUAAGCUGCUUUUUGAGGAAUAUGGACAGCGACAAAGCGGAAUGCCAGAUCUUUGUUGCUGGAAUUAUGAAAAGAAGGAAUGUCUAUUUUCUGAAGUAAAAGGGCCUGGAGAUACCUUAUCUGAAACUCAAAAACUAUGGAUUGACACACUCACUAGUGUCGGUAUUCAAGUUGAAGUGUGCUUUGUAAAACUAUGGAAAGGCGAAGAUGUAUUUUUGGAGACAUAGUAAAAUUACAGGAGCUCCCUCAUGAUAAAUAAACUAUUUUUUGAGUUCUCAUAAAGUAACUUUUUGUUUGCUCUCUCUUUGGUUUGUUAGCUCUCAUAUUUAACAAGGCUAUUCCUGCAUUUUUCAUCAAUAUCGGGC